AUGAACUUUUCUGGAAUUGAUGAUUUAGAAAUUCAAAAAAAACAUUUGAUUCUUAAUUUAAGAAAAUAUUUACAACAAAAUCAUACCCAACUUACAUUGAAACAAAGAAUCAACAUAAUUGAAAACAUAAUCUAUGCAGUUUUACGUCUACAUCAUGAAAAUUCUAUUCAUAGAGAUUUGCAUUCAGGAAAUAUAUUAUAUUCUGAAUAUAGUGGACAUUGGUAUAUUAGUGAUUUUGGAUUUUGUGGACCUGCUGAUAAACCAUUAGAAAGUAUAUAUGGAAAUCUUCCUUAUAUAGCACCUGAAGUUAUUAAUGGAAAAGGAUAUACUUUUGCAUCAGAUAUUUAUAGUAUCGGUAUGCUCAUGUGGGAGAUUUUAUCUGGACAACCACCUUUUGCUAAUUAUGACCAUGAAUAUGAACUUGCAAUAAAUCUAAUUAAAGGAAUAAGACCACCAAUCGUACAAGGAACUCCAAUAGAAUAUAAAAAUUUAAUGAUUAAAAAAACUUUCCAUGGAUUCAGCAUGAUCGAAAACAAACGAAAAGAAAGGGCAUCAAUUUUUUUUGGAAAAGAAUAG